ACUUGUGCCUUUUCAAAGAUGGGCCAGAGAAGUGGGAAAAUGGGGAAAUAGACAGUGUCAACGAUGGUGCGGAGCAUCUCCGCAUCCUUGAGCUUCUCUUUCUCUCGCUCCUUCACCAUAGCACAUAGCGAACGAAGUCGGUCAAGGUCCUUGUAGAGCAACUCGCCAAAUUCAAUGCGACGCUGUAGGCGCUUGUGGCCAGUGACGCCCAUCGCCACGUAAUCUCUGCGUGUCAUCUCCAUUGAUGAAAAGGUUUCAAGCUGAAGUUGGAGCCGCUUCAGAAGGGCGGCACCUCGUCUUGCCUCCCGCUUGAGGGUCCAGUACUUGCAUGCCUCCUCGGCGUAGUGCUUGCGGCCGCGGACGGUGAAUCUUCCAAGAGCGGCAACGACAGAGUCGAGAACUACUUGGGGGAUGACGGGGGCACCCGAGGGCAACUUCCAGAUUGUUUUGGGAACCCGUUUGCGUUUGUUGCCACCAACAGUCAAAGUGAUACGAGGGGUAAGGGUCCGAUCUUCUUCCCCAUCUUCUGCGUGUGAAGGUCCCAACGACAACGCCGCCGCCUGGCUAUCACCCCACCGUCUACCCUGCAUAGUGUUGCGGUAGAAUUCUAUCGCAUCGGCAGUCGCAGCAUCAGUGCCAUGCUCCAAACGCCACUCUGGCGGUACAUGCUUGUCACAAAAGGCUUUGAGAAGAUGUGAGUCCAUGAGCCCGUGCCCUAUCUUCAUCUUGAGAUACAGCUGAGCUCGUCGCGCGCAUGACACGUGGAACGCAACGAAGCAGUUUUUGUUGCUGCAUUGGAUUGAAGCUCCCAUCUUUUGCUUGCAGAUGUAGCAAAGUAACUUCCAGCGGCUGCGUGGCACUUUCUCAACAUCGGUGACUGGUUCCAUCAGAGAUGGGUUCCCAAUGGAGACCUCUGGGAUCCAAAUGGAACAAAGCAGGUGAGCCCAUUUCGAUGAAGUGGUCUGUUUGAAUGCGCCCUCGAUGUUUGGGCAGAAGAUACAGUUGGUGGUCCCGCGGCCCAGAAGCUGACAUUUGCGGCACAGCCAUUGACCCUCUGGAAUGAAAGGAACGCCAUAACACUCCUGAUGAACGGCCAAGUCACAGCCAUCGCAGAAAACAAUCGCGUUCGAGUUUUCACAAUCGCCGUCAUCGCAGAUGGCACAUUUGCUAUCCUGUUCCUCGCCCGGUCCAGCAGUUUCGCCAUUCACUGCAGCCGCAGAGCUGGAGCGCGGCCGCUGCGUCUGCGGCGGCUUGGGAUUUGGCUUCGGGAUUCGCUUUUCGAGCGCAUGCCACUCCUUUUCAAUUUUGGUCAUAGUGAUCUCAAAGAUAGCAGGCUUGAUGGGCUCCAGCUGAUCUUCUCGACGCUUGGCGUUAAAUUCGUCCAGCCAUUUCUCGUCCUGCUCAUCCAUAUCAUACUCGACCCGCCCGAUUGACGCAUUAACGUCACCCUCGGUAACGGCAGGCUGAAUGAUAUCCAUGUCGUCUUCUUGCGCACCCUCGGCCAUACGGAUGAAGCGUCUAUCAUGGCGAAUGAACAAAUCACUCUCCUGAUAUCCAACACUGGCCAUUGUGCGAUCGACAUAGUUCUGCUGACCAACGCCUUUCUUCUCAUAAAAGGUGAAAGGAUCCUUCAGGCGGAAUGUCGGCUUCGGCAGAGUCAACUUCUCCCGAGGAUUCGGACCCGGCGGCGGAAUCACCUUUGGCCCUUGUUGUUGCGCAAGUAGCGCAUUGAGAAUAGCCUCGGGACGGCGCGGUGGACGUCCAGGUCUACGCUUGAAGGGAAUUGGCGAGGCCAAGUCGGCGGAAUGAAUCAUGGGAGUGCCCGAGUUAUCCUGGACACUGGCAGCUGCAAUAGAUUCCAGUGUCAGGGAAUUGACAGCAGGAUCGACUGUGUCUACCUCCGCUGAGGUGAAAACAGCAAGCCUGCCAUCGAUGUCUAGAUCGGGGUGGAACUCUUCCCAACCCCGCUCCUCACGCGGUUUGUAUCCAUCGCCUUGUUGCAGAGCCAGGGCUGCGGCUGUUGACGAGGUGAAACGACCUCGGUUCUCUCUCUUAUCUCUUCUUGGACGCGUCACGGAGGGUGGUGUGAUGGGCACAGGGGGUGGUGGUGGCGGAGCGAGGGUUGACUGUUCGAUGUCGCGCGCGGCGGGACGGCUUCGUGAACUGGCGGAAUGACGUCGGUGAGAACCAGAGGAUAUUUUCUUUGGUGUCGUCUCUUGCUGUUGUUGUUGUUGUUGUUGUUGCUGCUGCUGCUGCGCAGCUUCGAGAUCGACAAAUCUUCCACCACCUCCAGGUCCUCCAGGCACGUACUUGCGCUUCUUCAAAGGAGGGCCUUCUGGGGAAUCUACGGCGCUGCGCGAGGAUUUCAAGGAUGACUUUGGCUGAGAUGAUCUUGACGGACGCCCGGGAAGAGAAUGUCUAGACAUAGGCGCCAUCGUUCCCAUUUAGCAUGGGAAGCUCUCUGGAUGCUGAUCGAUGUCGGGUGGAUGGCAGUCGACACGUCAGGUCGCAGAUCGCGAGGUUCAGGGGUGGCGAGGCGCCCGGACGGGGAACACUCGAAAGAAGUAGAAGGAUGGAAGCCCCAGGCGACCGGGUAUUAAGAAAGUCGAGGGACUAGAAACGAAGGGCUGCCCGAUCCAGUGAAGCUCUCUCUGGUGAUCGGAGUUGAUCCAAGUGUUUUGUUAUCUGGUUCAAGGCGGAGACGUUGCACGCCUCAGGCGCCGAAAUUCUUCCCGCUGCGCGGACUUGGCCACAGCUUCCCCGCAUGCUCCUUAGCUUUGGAUCCCCUUUGAUCACGUUCCCUUUCAACCCUUACAGCUAACUACAAAUACGAUGAGUGGUGCCGGUGAAGACAGAUGGCGCGGGCCAGCUCGCCAGUCAUCACAACGCCAGUCAGGCAACGGAAACCGCGAUAAAACAGGAGGACAAGGUGGUCCUCGUGGUGGUAACUCAUCCUGGGGCUCUUCUAGCCCAGCACAGGACCAGCAUGUGCCAGUUCGGGGAUUCAAUGCCGCCGAGGUCAAGAAUGUUCUGAAGAAAGGGCCCAAUGAACCGAAAGCACCCUUCUACAAGCCCGCUGGCAAGGACACGAACAACCAGCGAUCAGGUGGCCCAUGGGGCUCGAAAUCAAACACAAUGGCAAACGGAAAGGACUUUUUCAUCGAGCUCCGCAAGCAAGUCGCCUCUCUCCAGCGUGGAGGUCCUCCUGUCGGCGGUUGA